CGCGGGGCCGAGGCGGAGUCGCCGCCGCGCCGGGGCCCAGCCGUAGCCGCCGCCGCCUUCGCCCUCGUCUGGCCGACUCGGGCCGACAGACGCGGCGCGGGAGAGGAGCCGGCCGUCCCGGGCCGGGGAUCCGCCCGCCAUGGCCACCAAGGCUCGGGUUAUGUAUGAUUUUGCUGCUGAACCUGGAAAUAAUGAACUGACAGUUAAUGAAGGAGAAAUCAUCACAAUUACAAAUCCGGAUGUUGGCGGAGGAUGGCUGGAAGGAAGAAACAGCAAAGGAGAACGAGGGCUUGUUCCCACAGACUACGUUGAGAUUUUGCCCAGUGAUGGAAAAGAUCAGUUUUCUUGUGGAAAUUCAGUGGCUGACCAAGCCUUCCUCGAUUCCCUCUCAGCAAGUACAGCUCAAGCCAGUUCAUCGGCUGCCAGCAGUAACAACCAGGUGGAUAUUUUGGCUCAGAUUGGUUGUAUUGAAAGUCUCAGCCAAUCACCACCUUCUUCAUCUUCUUCUCCUUCUUCCAUAAAUAAGGUCAGCAGUGGCAAUGACCCCUGGUCAGCCUGGAAUGCUUCCAAAUCUGGAAACUGGGAAAGCUCGGAUGGCUGGGGAGCCAAGCCCGAGGGGACUGCAGCGCAGAGAAACACCUCCAACAACUGGGACACUGCCUUUGGUCAUCCCCAGGCCUACCAGGGACCAGCAGCCGGCGACGACGACGACUGGGACGAGGACUGGGACGAGCCCAAGUCGUCUCCUCCCUGCUUCAGGGACUCGGAGGGGGCCGAAGCGGGCGGCGCCCAGCGAGGAAUCAGCCGGGCCGGCCCCUCCUCCAUGAAGCUGCCGCUUAACAAAUUUCCUGGAUUUGCAAAACCUGGAAUGGAACAGUAUUUGUUGGCCAAGCAACUAGCAAAACCCAAAGAGAAAAUUCCUAUCAUUGUUGGAGAUUAUGGCCCAAUGUGGGUUUAUCCUACCUCUACAUUCGACUGUGUGGUAGCAGAUCCCAGGAAAGGCUCCAAAAUGUACGGUCUGAAGAGCUACAUUGAAUAUCAGUUAACACCUACUAACACUAAUCGAUCUGUAAACCACAGGUAUAAGCACUUUGACUGGUUGUAUGAGCGUCUACUCGUGAAGUUUGGGUCAGCCAUUCCAAUCCCUUCUCUUCCAGAUAAGCAAGUCACAGGUCGCUUUGAAGAAGAGUUUAUCAAGAUGCGCAUGGAGAGACUUCAGGCCUGGAUGACCAGGAUGUGUCGUCACCCAGUAAUCUCAGAAAGUGAGGUUUUCCAGCAAUUUCUAAAUUUCCGAGAUGAAAAGGAAUGGAAAACUGGGAAAAGGAAGGCUGAGAAAGAUGAGCUGGUGGGAGUUAUGAUAUUUUCCACCAUGGAGCCAGAGGCACCUGACCUGGACUUAGUAGAAAUAGAACAGAAGUGUGAAGCUGUCGGUAAAUUCACCAAGGCCAUGGAUGAUGGCGUGAAGGAGCUGCUCACCGUGGGGCAGGAGCACUGGAAGCGGUGCACAGGACCAUUACCCAAGGAAUAUCAGAAGAUAGGCAAGGCCUUGCAGAGUUUAGCAACAGUCUUCAGCUCUAGUGGUUAUCAAGGUGAAACAGAUCUCAAUGAUGCAAUAACAGAAGCAGGAAAGACUUAUGAAGAAAUUGCCAGUCUUGUGGCAGAACAGCCAAAGAAAGAUCUCCAUUUCCUGAUGGAAUGUAAUCAUGAAUAUAAAGGUUUCCUUGGCUGCUUCCCUGACAUUAUUGGCGCUCACAAGGGGGCAAUAGAAAAAGUGAAGGAAAGUGAUAAACUUGUUGCGACUAGUAAGAUCACCCCACAGGACAAACAGAACAUGGUGAAACGUGUUGCGACAAUGUCUUACGCUUUGCAAGCUGAGAUGAAUCACUUCCACAGUAACCGGAUCUAUGACUACAACAGCAUCAUCCGCCUGUACCUGGAGCAGCAGGUGCAGUUCUACGAGACGAUUGCGGAAAAGCUGAGGCAGGCCCUCGGUCGCUUCCCGGUGAUGUAGGACAGAACGAACAUGAAGAAACGCCGAAGUGCUUCCUUCUGACUUGGGGCAACGCAAUUUAAUUUUUUCCCUCCAUCCUCCAAAAAGAAAGAAAGAAAGAAAGAAAACCAAAAAGAAAUAGAGUUGGAAAAAACUGCAUUUCCUUUAUUAAGCGCCUAAAUGCAUCAGUUCUUUAGGGAUAGUCUUUUGUUCAUUUCCACAUCCAUUACUUAAACCAAUGGAAGGAAAUUGUCUAUUUUUGGAAAGUACUUAAAGUUGUCAGAGUUUUGAAUGGAAAAUUAGGGGUUUCCCCCACUGAUAUUUUACAUUAAAAUGUAAUUUAUGAGUCACCCACGAUCUUCCAGUUCUUACCCAAUGUCAGAUGAUAAUUACUAAUUGCUUUCUUAAAAAUAUGGAAUAUGC